AAGUCUGGCAACCACAACUAUCACUAACAUACAUACAUCGUGUGUGCGUCUGGAUUUUGCUGUAUUUUUUAUUUAAGAAUGAAUUAUUAACUAACCAUUAAUAAAUUAUUAUUAAAUAAAAAACAGUUAAAACCGCAAUUCAAGCAUACACACCGAAUCCUCCCGAAAACCGUGCAAAACAAGAACACCAUGGAACAGGAGAACUUCCACGCCUCCAGCUUGUCGCAGCAGCUACAGAACCUUCACAUCCAGCAGCAGGCGCCCCCCAAUCCUGUCCAGACGGGAUUUGCUCCACGGCGGCACUAUGAUAACCUUGGUGGCCUCGGCAAUGGCAAUGCCGUCAGUGGUAGUCCGGUCAAGGGUGCUCCGCUGGGACAGCGCCAUGUGAAGCUCAAGAAGGAGAAGGUACCCGCCCAGGUUUCGCAGCUGUCUCAGCCAGGUCAGCUGCAGCUGUCGGAUGUUGGUGAUACCGCCUUGGCUGGCGGAUCGGGCUUACAAGGUGGAGUCGGCCUUAUGGGCGGAAUAUUGCCCAGCGACGAGGCCUUAAAGUUCGUCAGCGAGACGGAUGCCAAUGGACUUGCCAUGAAGACGCCCGUCAGCAUUUUGCAAGAGCUGCUAAGCCGACGGGGAAUCACUCCCGGAUAUGAACUUGUCCAGAUCGAAGGCGCCAUACAUGAGCCGACCUUCCGGUUUCGCGUAUCCUUUAAGGACAAGGAUACGCCCUUUACGGCCAUGGGUGCAGGACGCUCGAAGAAGGAGGCCAAGCAUGCGGCGGCCCGUGCGCUCAUCGACAAGCUGAUCGGCGCGCAGCUGCCGGAAUCGCCUAGCAGCUCCGCUGGUCCGUCGGUGACUGGGCUCACGGUCGCCGGAGACGGCAACGCGAAUACCACGGGCGGAGGAGAUGGCGGGGAGAAGACCGUAGGUAAUCCGAUAGGCUGGCUGCAGGAGAUGUGCAUGCAACGGCGAUGGCCCCCACCGUCGUAUGAAACGGAGACGGAAGUGGGUCUGCCCCACGAGCGGCUGUUUACGAUUGCUUGCUCGAUACUCAACUACCGCGAGAUGGGCAAGGGCAAGAGCAAGAAGAUAGCCAAGCGCUUGGCCGCCCACCGCAUGUGGGUGCGGCUGCAAGAGACGCCCAUCGAUUCGGGCAAAAUCAGCGACAGCAUCUGCGGCGAGUUGGAGGGCGAACCCCGCAGUAGUGAAAAUUAUUAUGGUGAAUUGAAAGAUAUCUCUGUGCCGACACUGACCACGCAGCACAGUAACAAAGUAUCUCAGUUCCAUAAGACCCUCAAAAAUGCAACGGGCAAAAAACUGCUUAAGUUACAGAAGACUUGCUUGAAGAACAACAAGAUCGAUUACAUCAAGCUGCUGGGCGAAAUCGCCACGGAGAACCAGUUCGAGGUGACCUACGUGGACAUAGAGGAGAAGACCUUCUCUGGCCAGUUCCAGUGCCUGGUUCAGCUGUCCACGCUGCCCGUUGGCGUUUGCCACGGCAGCGGAGCAACAGCCGCCGAUGCCCAGCGGCAUGCCGCCCAGAAUGCCCUCGAGUACUUGAAGAUCAUGACCAAGAAGUAGGGGGUGCAGCCAACAGCAUAGCAAAAUCUGAACGCACACCACGACCACGAGUAUUUGAUGCGAGCGAUUACAGAGCGGAUACGGGAUAACAAACGCCACCAGUAGUCUAGUUGCUUUUCUUUCCAGUGUUUGGCUCAAUCCAGUGGCGAUGUUAUAUAUAUUUUGUUUCUUUUCCACCGAUUCCUUUGAUUAGGCAGUUGUAUUUGUUAACUAUAUAUGUAAAUGUUCAUAUAUGUACUACACCUACCAAUCAAUGUAUGUACACUUGCAUAUACAGACAAGUGUGUAAUCUAUAUUGGAAUCUUCUAGUCGCUUUCAAAUUCUGAAAAACGUAAAACGGCAUAUAAAAACAGGAUUAAUCCAAUGAAUCUAGCUAACUAGGUUAAGGUAGACUGCGUGCUGGUUUGCGGAGGUAAAAAGGCUUAUGAAUAUAAUCGGUAUUUGGUAAUCGCUA